AUUGUCGCACAUCGUACCUGACUAAUAUUAAUAACGAAGGAGGUGAACUCAUCCACGUACUUGGGGAAAAUAUCAAAGAAGUUAACUUUUUCAGUUUGUUAUUUAUGAUGUUACAGUAAAAACUGGAGUGGGAUUUUCUUUCACAAUACAAAGUUGUUUUACACAGCUGGUUGAGGUGUCAAAGCUACAGCUCAGAGCUACAAAGUCAUUGAGUAAACUUUCUUCCAUUCUGCUAAUCAAUAUAUGCAUGUUCUGGCAAGUACACGUUCAGGUUGUGAUAAUUAAAUAACACGGCCCAGGUCUUGUGCUCCUAACCGCAUGGUUUGUGUCUUUGUGCGUUAGUGUUCAAUAAAAACACCUGCCCUGCCACAAUUCCAGCUUUUUGUAGCUCUCAAGGUUUAGAUUUUGGUGAGAGAGGGUCACAGCUCUGGAGGAGGAGGGGAGGUGGCUCAUUGGGUUAGGACUCUGUGUUCAUGAUCAGAAGGUCACUGGUUCAGAUCCCAGGUUUUGCUGACUGAUGCUGCCACUGGGCCCCUGAGCAAGACCCUUAACCCCUAACUGACCCCAUGCUGUGACCUCUAAGCUUACUCCUGUAUGUGUCACAUGAUCAGAGAGUGGGAUUAUUUUUCAGCCCGGAAGGGGUGGUGGCACCUCUGCAGCCACGAACUGCGUUCAUUCAGCUCUAAAUGACAAGCGAUCACACUGAUGUGCAUGUCAUAUAUUUGCAUAUUUUCUUUGACCAAUCGUGGUCUAUUGUGUGUGUGUGUGUGUGUGAGAGAGAGAGAGAGAGAGAGAGAGAGAGAGAGAGAGAGAGAGAAAAUUCAUUGGUUAACAUUCUGAAUCGUUGAUGUAGUAUUUUUAAUUAUUAAAAUUAUUUUGUUUCUGGCCGGGACAAUUUUAAACUCGUCAAAUUAUUUUGUUUUCUGAUCAGCAAAACAGCCAAGUGGCCCACCGGGAAUUCUGCUGAGUCUUCCGCAUGGCUAUUCCGGGCCUGUCCAUGAACCAUUUUCACACAUAAAUUCCAGGCAUUGUCCGGAGGAGCAGGCCCAGAUUUUUUCAUGAGUUGCCCUUUCACACAUAUGGCACACAAUCGGAGUUCGUCCUCGUUAGACGUCUUCACCCAUACUAGAAGUACUCUAACUGGUUUAGACGAAGGGUGGUGUUUGGAUAGCGCCCACAUGAGCCAGGGCACGAUGCAAUAAAUACGCUACGGAAAUCGCGGCAUUUUCUUUGCGGCACCACUGACCGAAGCUCCCGAAUCUCGUCGUCUCUCCAGUUACCCAUGUUAGUUGGAGUCGUCUUUGUGUAAAUGAUCCUUCUUCUUCUCCCUCAGAUGUUUUGUGUUCAUCUCUUUUCAUGCCAGUCGCAUGAGAACAAAAACGUCAUCCACACGCCCACUGGUUUGUGGUGAAUUCUACGGAAUUCUCCCUGCCCUUCUUCACACAUGGGAGUCAGUUGGAAAUUACCUGGACAUUGUACUAGGGAGCUAGCAGAGUCUGUUUAAUGUUUGGUCCGACCGAUUUGGACAUUUGCAGUCACAAAUACAGCCCUUCCCCGUAAUGUUCAUGUUUAAAACAUACUAUGAGCAGAGAAUAUCACCACAGGGAAUUCUAGAUAUGUGUUAAAAUAUUUUUGAUGUGUUUAGUGGCUAUCCUACUAAGUGACAUUAUGAUGUCAUUAUUUGUCAAAUGCUGUCAUGAUUUUUGAGACCGUGCCCCUCGUCACAUCAAACAACAUUGCAGUUUUUGCACCCGAUACCCUUGGAAUUUGCACACGGAUUCUUGAGCCCCUUUGCAACCCUGUUAGCUUCCGCCUGUUGUUUUGCAAGUCGAGCUGCUGGCUCUCAGACCUCAUUUAUGGAUGAUACAUACUGCCUACUGCCAUUUAUAUAUAUACAUAUAUGCACAUACAUUUUAGUAAUAGUAAUAUUGUGAAGAAUAAAAUAUAGUUCAUAAUGCUUCCUGUAGUUGUUAAAAGGUCAGUUGGGAUAUUUUAAUAUACACGUUUAUGUUAUUGUUGCUAUGUUACUCAGAUUUCUGUACAUAAACAUGCUCCUACUGUUUCACCCCAGAAGACCUUUUAAGAAGGAUACAAGUGUCUAGAAUCCGCUUGGCGUUUCAAGCAGCUGUCUCUAAACACCUUGGUCACCUAAAUCCCUCGGUGCAAUCCUUUGUAAUUACUGAGCUUCGACGGGGGGGAAAUAAUAAUCUUGUAGACACCCCUCCCCAACACACCCCACCUGCCUGUGCUCCAUAUUGUCUUAGACGGCGUAUUUAAAGAGGGAUAACCUUGCUUGUUCGUUUGAACUGCCGUAAACCACUGAGGAACACUCCGAGAUUAACCUCACGGCAGAGAUUUAAAGAUGGUCACUUCAAGCCCGAUCUUUUGAGAUCUCAUCAGCAUUGUGCAUUCAGAAAGAGAACAUGGAACUUGGCUGGAACUGAUGGUCUGUGUGACGGAGCAUUCUGGCAGUUAACCUGGUGCCAAAGCCUCACAUAUGAGCGGGACGGUAAUUUUUCUAUCCUUCGGCACUUUGUAGUUCAUACAACACGGGGCAGCGAGCUAACAGCUAGUAACUUUGUUAUUGCGUCGAGAUUUGAUGCGCAGAAAUCCACAGGCAGCAUGGACGUUACGAGAAACUGUCAGAGUGGUCAAGAGCACAUGGGUCUUAGGUUCACUAUUGACUACCUGCUGUUCAACAAGGGAAGCCAGGACUCAGGAAAAGAGUCCAGCAAUCAGAGUCCCAUAACAAACAGGAGUCCCUGUCGCAUUGCACCUGACCCAAGUCCACGAGUCCCUACAGCAGAAGAUGACCCCAAGCUGCAGACAGUACAACACAGAGACUCAGAGGGGCCAGAUGACAACAAACCAGAGGAGAUGGUGGAAGAAGACAGAGAACGUGGGACUUCUGCUCCAGAGAACCUUCUGGACAAGCCAGCACAUUCCUACCUCGCUCUGAUCUCGAUGGCGAUCCUUGCCUCAAAAGAAAAGAGACUCUUGUUGUGCGACAUCUACCAGUGGAUUAUGGAGCACUACCCGUACUUCAAGAGUAAGGACAAGAACUGGAAGAACAGCGUGCGUCACAACCUGUCGCUGAACGAGUGCUUCGUCAAGGCCGGCCGCAGCGACAACGGCAAGGGCCACUUCUGGGCCAUUCACCCUGCCAACGUGCACGACUUCUCCCGAGGGGAUUUCCACCGUCGUCGAACCCGCAGAAGGGUCCGCGGCGAGCCGGCCCAGCUGCCAUUCCCCCUGCCCUCUCCAUAUCUCCCGCCUCGCCACCCCAGGAACUCCGCCUACUGCUGCUGCCCCCCGAGCCAGCGGCUUGCCUGCUGUUCUGCCAGUAUCAGCUGGAACUGGCACCGCCUGGGUGCCAUGGGCCUGCCAGGCCAUCCUUCAUAUCGCUGCAGUAAUUACUACACAGCUAUUUAAUGACGGCAGCAGGAGCCACACCAUUUCUUGGUCAGUAAGUCAUGAACCUACUUCAUAAUAAAGGAACUGCCCCGUUGGGUGGCUCAUCGGGCGGUAAAGGUUAAAGUUGUCAAAGUUGUCAUGUUCUACUUUUAAUUACACCACACGCUCCAUGACCUACUGAAUAUGGACCCACCAGCUGAGAAAUGCUGAACUACAGGGAGGUGUUCCACAAAACUGGAUGUCUCAGCUGGGUUAACUUAAGCUAGAAGUCAUGAUCGUCCAAUAGGAGUACUCCUUACCCAAACUCUUAUUGGAUGAUCAUGAUCGUCCAAUAGGAAUGCUCCUUAGCUAAACUCUCAUUGGAUGAUAAUCACUUCCAGCUUAAGUUAACGCAGCUUAAUGGAACCUCCUGGGACACAAACUGCAGUACUGAGAAGCCUUACUUCAUCUUACAUCCAUCUUCUAUAACUGCUUAUCCUAAUUGGGGGGGGGAGUUCAGACCCUAUGGGCAACUGGGUAACUCCAGUAAACCUUAACAUGUUUUUGGACUGUGGGAGAAACCAAAACACCUAGAGGAAACUCCACAAUGACACGGGGAGAACAUGCAAACUCCACACACAUGGAACCAUGGCAGAGACUCAAGCCCUGGUCACAGUGCUACCCACUGCACCAGCAGUGCUACCCACUGCACCAGCAGUGCUACCCACUGCCCCCCCUUUGUGUUCACUUUGCUUUUUCUUUACCUGCAAACAAACCUCAUUUGGACUCAGAACUGAAUUUAACCAAGGACCACAUUUUAAUACAUAACGCAAAAUGUUUUGUAGUUUUUAUGACAAUUUCACAUUGUGAGAAAUAUUACUGUAAAUACCUUGUAUUAUUUAAUUAUUACUGGCAUAGAUUAAAGUUAAUAUAUAUAAUUUUAAACAUGAA